GGGGGCGGGGUUGAAGCACAGCUGACAUCUUCAGACCACCGACCUGACUUGCAGAAGGAUGGUGCGGGUCAAGUGGGCAGGUAACGGUUAACUUCUCCGCAAGUGAAAGAAAUACGUUAAACUACACAGAGCUAGGAAACGCAGGCAGAAUUUCCUGAGCCCAAACAAGUUGCAUUAACUGGGAUUAUUACUUGGCAGCGAGAGGAAAGAAAUUAAAAAAUAUGUAGGAGCUGCGCGUAUAAAUCCACAAGAUUCCUGUGAGGGGCAGAUCGUCGGAGGGAGGAUUGAACCAAAGUGCGACUUGAGGAGCAGCUUAUUCAUGCAAAUUCGUAAAAUCAUAGGCGUGCCUUUGGGCGAUGGAGUCACAGCCGGAAAAACAAACCCCCUCCUGGAUCAUCAGCGACCUUCAAAGACUGUGAUGCGCAGCGCUCGGACGCAUUGACAGCGGCACCGGGGCAAAUGUUUUAAAAGCUCAGAGAAAAGAGAAGAGAAAGUUAGGGCUUGUUUUUCUGCACGCUCGUGUUGACUGGCUGCACUUCUUCCUCAACACAACCACCAGCUCGACAGCUGCGCCACUGGACCUCCAACCACAGGCUUUACUGAGCGAACUGUAACGCACUGCCGCGAAUAUCACUGUUUGCCUUGGUUAUUUCAUAGUUGUUGUUUUUUUUUUUUUUACAUUUAUAUAUAUUUGUUUACAGUCAAUACAGGCGAUUUCAGAUACUGAGAUUCCUCAUGCGGAUGUAGUGGCCGCCCUACUUUAUUGAAUUUGUGCGUAAAGACGCCACCACUGAUUUGUUCCUUUUCUGAGAAAAAACGAUUUAAUUUUUAAUUUUUAUUUAAAUCGCGGUGGACUUUUCUCGCAGCACCAUGUCAGAAGAGGACAGUAGCUCCACCACCAGCUAUAUGUCUGACACAGAAGGCAGCAACGUUAGCGUCCUCAACUGGGAGCAAGUGCAGCGGCUGGACGCCAUCCUGACGGAGACCAUCCCGAUUCACGGCCGCGGAAACUUCCCCACUCUGGAGAUGCAGCCGCGGCAGAUCGUCAAAGUGGUGCGCAGUCGGAUGGAGGAGAAACAGAUCCACGUCCGGGACGUUCGGUUAAACGGCUCUGCAGCCAGCCACAUCCUGCACGGGGACAGCGGACUGGGCUAUAAGGACCUUGACCUAAUAUUUUGCGCAGAUAUGAAAGGUGAAAGUGAUUUCCAGACUGUGAAGGACAUAGUUUUGGACUGUCUCCUGGAUUUUUUACCGGACUGUGUGAAUAAAGAGAAAAUUACCCCGUUAACGUUAAAGGAGGCCUAUGUGCAGAAGAUGGUGAAGGUGUGUAAUGACUCAGACCGCUGGAGCCUCAUCUCCCUCUCCAACAACCGGGGGAAGAAUGUGGAGCUGAAGUUUGUGGACUCUCUCCGGCGGCAGUUUGAGUUCAGUGUGGACUCCUUUCAGAUCAAGCUGGACUCCCUGCUGCUGUUCUACGAGUGCUCAGAGAACCCCAUGGCCGAGACCUUCCACCCUACCAUCAUGGGAGAGAGCGUAUAUGGGGACUUCGGCGAGGCCCUGGACCACCUACGUCACAAGAUCAUCUGCACCCGCAACCCGGAGGAGAUCCGAGGCGGGGGUCUGCUGAAGUACUGUCACCUGCUGGUGAGGGGUUUCCGUGCUGCCUCUGAGUCAGAGAUGAAGUCCCUGCAGCGCUACAUGUGCUCACGGUUCUUCAUUGACUUCCCUGACAUCGGUGAGCAGCAGCGCAAGCUGGAGUCAUACCUUCAAAACCACUUUGUGGGCCUGGAGGACCGCAAGUACGACUACCUGAUGACCCUCCACGGGGUGGUCAACGAGAGUACGGUGUGUCUGAUGGGACACGAGAGGCGGCAGACCUUAGGGCUGAUAGCCAUGCUGGCAGUGCGAGUGCUUGCCGAGCAGAACGUCAUUCCCAACGUGGCUAAUGUUACAUGUUACUACCAACCUGCUCCUUAUGUGGCAGAUGGCAACUUCAGUAACUACUACAUAGCACAGGUACAGCCGGUGUUUGCUUGCCAGCAGCCUGCGUACUCCACCUGGCUUCCCUGUAACUGAGACAGCCCUGAGGAGAGGAGGAGGGAGAGAGUGUGAUUUGUUUAAACAGGAUCAAGCAGCAUAUUCGCUGCCUCAAACCUGCCCAGUGUUUGACAGCUGACAGAAAAAGGAGUCAUCUUUUUAAUGUUUUGCAUCAAAGCUUGUGUUUUUGUUCAUACGUUGAGUAUGAAUGCUAAAUAAAGAACAGUUGGCUUUCGAUUCAAGUACGUAUUUCAAUGUGAAUAUCUCACAUUUCUUGAAACACAGACAUCACCUGAUCCUACCCAGGCCAAUUAGGUCUGGAAAGGACUAUUUUGGGUAGCUCGGAAGUAAUGGCUAAAUGCAAAUAUGUGACAGCCUUUAAUGCAAGCAGCAGAACUGACAUCGAGACUGAUUGGAUCUGUCGAGAACUGAUUAGCCGGCAGGUUCCAUCAGCAAAGCAAACGGCUGCAUCAGUGUCCUGAAGUUGACAGCUACUCCAGCCCAGCUUUCAGGGGUGUCUUUCUCAGUGCCCACACACACACACACACACACACACACACACACACACACACACACACAUGCUCUGGGUGAAAUCAGAGGUGUGUGCAGGGCUCCAAAACGAGCACCCAGAGUCUGCUUUAUGUCAGAUCAUCUGAGGUGAGAUGCUGUUAAAUUAUUUUGGAUAACAAACUGGUAUCUCUGCCUUGCAUUUGGAUAUAGUUAUGGUUGUUUACAGACCAAAGAUUUUUUUUGAUUGUUUCUAACAUUAAAACCCAAUUUUGGUGGGGGGAAAAAAAUUUAACAAAAUAUGAAGCUAUGUCUAUUUGUAUAUGUGAAUAUAUGUGUGUUUAUAAGUGCCUAUUGCCUCUCGGCGGGCAGAGAAAUCAGUGAGCAGGCCAAAUGACUUUUGUGAAUUAACCCCACUCUAUUUAUCGUCAGGCACACAAGACAAUAGCACCCCAGAGGCUUGUGAAUGUAUACGUGAAAUCAUGCGCAGUCAGUGUUUGUGUUACGUUUGGAUGCAAAAAAAAUAAAAAAUAUAAAAAAUAAAAAAAAGCACCAUGCAGUAAAGUAGCAGUCAAAUGUGCGAUUGAGGGGUUGUUGCAAGAUUCACAUUUCUUGUGUGGAUAUUUGGAAACUCCAGAUUUUAUCUUAUCUUUGAGUGAUGCAAACAUGUCCCCAACUUAAUACUGGUGUUGUUCAGCUGUUUUGACAGAGGUUGGUCAAGCAUUUUCAGAUCAUCAGCAACAAAAGAAAACUUACACACACGCACGCACACACACACACACACACAUACACAGUAUUUCCUGUAUAUUUUGUACAGUGGUGCUUCUUUUUUUUCUCAUCUGAGAAAAAAAACAACAACAUAAAAACAAGUUGACAAAAUGAUAGAUAAGAGACAGAGAGAGGAAGGACUGCCGUCUGACAGAGAGCUGGUGUGUGUGUGUUCCUAUGCUUCCUCCUGCAGUUGAAGGAUAUUUGCCGAGACACCUCAGAUGAUGAGACACUAUUUGCUGUAGCACCCUGGCAGGGAAUUCCUCAGCUGCUGCUGAAGAGCUUGAGUUUAGCUGGGGUUGGGUCUGCAGACGCUCUGUUCAGGGUUCAGAAAAAUGUUGUGCCAAACAUUUUGGUGGCCCCGCUGAUAGCCCUAAAGUUUAAUGAGCCAUUUGUUGAUGUAGACAAAGCUGCCGCGCUAUAGAAAACGAGAGAGAGACAGGAGAGUGGAAAAAAAAAAAGAGAAAAAGGGGAAUGCAGUGGUUAAAAGGCAGGAGGGAAAGUGAGUCAGUCUGGAGAGAUGGGUGCAGCUGGUGAUGGGGUUUAUCUCUCUAGGGCUACCAAGCUUUACUGUACAAACUGUCUCUGUUAAGAUCUGAUUACAACUUAAUGGACAGUGCUGCAGCUUUUCCCUUUUUUUCAGGGAAACCAAAAUAUUCAGUUAUCAGCAUUUGCUCUCUGUUUUAAUAAUCUGAUUGUUGUUUAAAAAGGGUGAAAACUGAAUAAAAUUGAAUGCAUUCACACCAGCUUCAAGUAACUUUAGGUUGCAACUUAUUUGUCAUUUGUAAACGUUGCUUUAAUGAUGCCCAUUGAUGGUUAUUAUGCUUCAAUCCACAUCCGUUUUAAAGAACUGUAUAUAUAUGAUUACAUGCCUCAGCUUUGCCAACACUCUUUAUCUUUGCAAACUAUCCUGUAGCCUUUUCCUUAAUGGCAAAAAUGCUGAUUUUAAGCAUAAAGACGUGGGUUAGGCCCCACAACCAGCAUCGACUCAACUCUGUGACACAAGGAGAAAUUCUCUCGCUGAAAAAGCAUUUCUCUCUCGCCCUCUGUCUGGCGAUCCAUACCUGCUCUGUUCAGUCGUUUCUCCUUCUCAAUGACUGUCCACGUCGACGGUAUCAUUUGGAUUGUGCAGGCAAUGUAUUGUCACUUGAUACUCAGUGAAGUCCUAACAGCUGACUAGCUAGCUAGCUCCAGUCUGCCUGUCAGUUAGUGAUUGUGCCUGUCAGUUAGAGAUUGUGGGUUACUGCAUUGUCUUGUAUGAGUUAUCUCAAAUAUCUGUUUCUGUUCAUGCAGUCUUUUACAAAUCACACUUUGAAAAAGAAAAGAAAAAGAUCUUUGUCUUGUAUGUAUAUUUUUUAUGAUUGUUAUUUUUAUAAAUGUAUCAGACACUGCAGAUGUUGCAGUGCUUUUGAAUCUGUGAUUGGGCUUCAAAGGAUAUGUUCUCAAUAGCUUUUUUGCUAUAUUAUGUUAUGUGUCCAAUGGGUCAAAAGGUUAAAGAUGUUUUCAUCAAUAAAAUAUCUGAAAACCAGA